CAGUUCAGUCUCUUUCCACCUCUUCUCGAUUUCGAACCAGACCCCAGACCAGAGACCACCACCAUCCACCACUCCGUCGCGACUCGCUCUUCCCCUCACGUCCAAAACGGUGAACAGCCACCACUAGUCCGUCCACUCCCUCAAUACAAUCGACCACCACCGUUGCACCACCACCGCACCUCUAUUCAGCUUCAGUCUCCAACAUCUUCCUCCACAUCCAAAACGAAAUAUCCGGGUUUGGGAGGAAACAUCACCUCAACUCCACUUCCUUCCACCCUCAAUUACAUCAAGGAAAGAGAUUCGAACUUGGAGGAGAAGGCACACAAAUAUUUAAUUGAACUGGUAUACAGCGAACUACAACAUUUUUACAGGAAAAUGAGAAAUAAUUGAAUUUUCACGGGAACAUGAAUGGUCCGCUCUAGCUUUGCAUUUAGGAUUUCUAGUCUCCUUGAUUAAUGAGUUGCCUUUCAACUCUUCGCAUUCCUUGCAAUAAAUAUUGGAGAAAUGGAACAGUCGCCAAUACUUCUUAUAAAGUAGAAGAAGAAAUCCAGUAAGCAUACGUCAGGGAGUUAGAGUUCGUGCUAAGAGUAUGUCUGACAGAAUCACUGAUCUUCCAGACUGGGUUGCUUAUCAUAUUCUUUCCUUCCUUGCUGUUACGGACCUCACUCGUUUUGGCUGUGUGUCCAAAAGAUGCAGACAACUUUAUCUGUCAACUCCUUCAUUGAAUUUUGAUGGAUUUCCUGAUGCACAUAUUGUUUCCUGUGAGAAGCGGUUAGAGUUGUUGAGUUCAUUGGAUAGGUUCUUAUUGAUGUAUCGUGGAGUUAAUAACAUACAACGAUUUCGUAUCUAUUGGGAUGAUCUCCUUUUGAAUGCAAGUUCAAGCUUCCGUCAAGAUGCGGUCUUUCGGAUGAUGACAUGGAUCCAUAAUGCUGUAAGCUGUAACGUGGAAGUCCUUGAGAUUUUUGUCCACAUAAUAAUUGAUCCGCCAAGAACUUUGUUACCUUCGUCUGUCUUUCUUUGUCGAUCUUUGAGGUCUUUGUCGAUAUCAAUGUGCUAUAAUAUUCUUAAAUCACCUUCGCUGACUUCUUCCUCUAAUCUCGAGUGCUUGACAUUGAGUAGUGUUACUAUAGAAGAUGAGGAGAUUUUCAAAUGGAUCUCGUGUUCAUGUAAGUGCAUCAAGGAAUUACAUCUUGAAAAUGUUUCAGGAAGCAGUGUCACCAUUGAAAGCUCCUCUUUGAGAUUGUUUAGUUUUUUGAAUCCCAACCACUCAUCUAGGUACUGCAACCUCAGCAUCUCAGGUGAGAAACUUGAAGAAAUACUUAUCGACUGGGGAUUUGAUUCCACUUGCAGCAAAUUACUGAAUAUUCAUGCUCCAAAUCUUAAGUAUCUGAAGUGGUUAGGGAAUUUGUUGUUUCACCAAAAUUUUGGGAAACUAAUGUGUCUGAAAAAAGCUGAGCUUUUUUUGAAGCCUAAAGCAGAUGACUACAGCCUCUCGUCUGAGGUUCUUUGCAUCAUAAACAGCGCUGAAGCACUUAUUCUAAGCAAAGAGAUCACCAUGGCUCUGUUGAAGGGAGGUUUCAUUCCAGGACUAUUAGAGAAUGUUAGUCAUUUGUCUAUUAAUAUUGGAAGCUGGCUUGAUAUUAUACUCCCACAAAUGGUCUCUAUUUUUGGAAGAAUGAAUAAUUUGAGUAGUUUGAACAUCAUGUCUGACAUACUAUUUUUACACCCUAUAACUGAUUGUUGUGGGUUUAAUAUGGGAUAUUGGAGACUGCAAAACUUUCCUUUUAUUCAUCAACUCAAGGAGGUGACCAUAGAGCUGUCGAACGGAUCUAAUGGAGUUCAGUUUGCAAAGUAUAUCCUUGAGCAUGCUGGGAAUUUGAAGGAGAUGAAGGUUGUUUAUUCACUUGAGCAAUCUAAGGCAAUAGCAAAGUUAAAGAAAAGCAAGAGAGCUUCCAAAAUUGCCACGGUUGUCUUUGAGGAGGAUAAAUUUAGAAUGUCCAUCCGUCGAUCUUUCCACCUUUAAUAUGCACUUAUUCUAUCCAUUCAACAUUAAUGUUAGUAAUUUUGAGAGGUACAUCUGUUUGAGUAAUGUGGUUGAUGUACAUAGCAUUAAGUGAACGAUGUGUCGGAAAUUGAGGGUCCCGAAAUCGAUCGGGGUGGCGCAUGUAAGCAUCAAAUUUAGAUCAUGGUGAGUCUUAGCGAUCGUCAAAUCAGUUGAGUUGGCUUGGUUUCAUGCUUGGUUAAUGUUUGUAUUGAAGCAGAUUCGGAGUUAGUCGUUCAUUUCUUUAGUUCUCUUAAUUUGCCUGCAUGUUUCCCUCGUUUGUAUUCUUCUUUUUUCCUUUCUAAUAUAUUUCAGUAGGUUUGGUGCUUGAGGUCAUUCCUCUAGCUCA